AUGGGCCACAACAGCCUUAUCGGGGUCAAAGCUUAUCCUCAAGUAGUUUCAGGAAUUUUGCAAACUCACACCUGCUUCUCUUCAACAGCUGGAGUCAACACGAUCACUGUUGGCGUUGUAAAUUCUACGGGUGGCCCUAUUUAUGCUGCUUCUGGUGCCACUAGUGUCAUUCAAAACGCUGCGGGUGACGGUUCCAAUGUCACUGUUGGCGUUGUAAAUUCUACGGGUGGCCCUAUUAAUGCGACUUCUGCUGCCAUUAGUGACAUUCAAAACGCUGCGGGUAACGGUUCUAAUGUCAUUGUUGACGUUGUAAAUUCUACGGGUGGCCCUAUUAAUGCGACUUCUACUGCCACUGGUGUCGUUCAAAAUGUUGCGGGUAACGGUUCUAAUGUCAUUGUUGACGUUGUAAAUUCUACGGGUGGCCCUAUUAAUGCUAAUUCUGGUGCCACUGUUGUAGUUCAGAACGCUGCGGGUAACAGUUCUAAUGUCACUGUUGGCGAUGUAAAUUCUACGGGUGGCCCUAUUAAUGCUAAUUCUGGUGCCACUGUUGUAGUUCAGAACGCUGCGGGUAACAGUUCUAAUGUCACUGUUGGCGUUGUAAAUUCUACGGGUGGCCCUAUUAAUGCUACUUCUGCUGCCAUUAGUGGCAUUCAAAACGCUGCGGGUAACGGUUCUAAUAUCACUGUUGGCGUUGUAAAUUCAACGGGUGGCUCUAUUAAUGCUAAUUCUGGUGCCACUGUUGUAGUUCAGAACGCUGCGGGUAACAGUUCUAAUGUCACUGUUGGCGAUGUAAAUUCUACGGGUGGCCCUAUUAAUGCUAAUUCUGGUGCCACUGUUGUAGUUCAGAACGCUGCGGGUAACAGUUCUAAUGUCACUGUUGGCAUUGUAAAUUCUACGGGUGGCCCUAUUAAUGCUACUUCUGCUGCCAUUAGUGGCAUUCAAAACGCUGCGGGUAACGGUUCUAAUAUCACUGUUGGCGUUGUAAAUUCAACGGGUGGCUCUAUUAAUGCUGCUUCCGGUGCCAUUAGUGUCAUUCAAAACGCUGCGGGUAACGGUUCUAAUGUCACUGUUGGCGAUGUGAAUUCUACGGGUGGCCCUAUUAAUGCUAAUUCUGGUGCCACUGUUGUAGUUCAGAACGCUGCGGGUAACAGUUCUAAUGUCACUGUUGGCGUUGUAAAUUCUACGGGUGGCCCUAUUAAUGCUAAUUCUGCUGCCACUGGUAUCGUUCAAAACGUUGCGGGUGACGGUUUUAAUCUCUUUGCUGAUGUUGUAAAUUCUACGGGUGGCCCUAUUAAUGCUAACUCUGGUGCCAGUGGUGUAGUUUUAAACACUGGAGGUGGCGAUUCUAAUGUCACUAUUGGCGUUGUGAAUUCUACGGGUGGCCCUGUUAAUGCUAAUUCUGGUGGCACUGGUGUCAACCAAAACACUGCGGGUGGCUCUAUUAAUGAAACUACUACUCAGGUUGGUGGUGUUCUUAACACUGUGGGUGGUGGUCUUUUAGGUGGUUUGGGCUAUAUCGUUGGCGGCAUAUUGUAA